AUGUCCUCUACCUCUACUAUUAAUACUAGUACUACUACAACCCUCGUCGUUGGAGCAACGGGAGCCACUGGGAAAUGGGUGGUCAAGAUGCUGCUGGACCAAGGCAACCAUGUGAAAGUGAUUGCUCGUUCCAAAGAUCGCAUGCUCAGUGUCCUUCAAGAGUUGGAUUCCGACGACACUAAAAAGACUUCCACGGACCAUCUCACCGUCACCGAGGCGUCGUUGUUGGAUCUCUCGGACGAGGAAAUCCAAGAACAAGUGAAGGAUUGUGAUGCCGUGGUUUCCUGUUUGGGCCACACCGUGGACUUUAAGGGGUUGUGGGGUCAUCCCAGGAAACUCGUCACGGAAGCUGUCCAACGACUGACCACGGCCAUUGCCAAAUCGGACAAUAAAAAGGCCAAAUUUCUGCUCAUGGGUUCCGACGGUGUGUCCAAUCCCAAUGGACAAGAUGAUCCUCGCACGAGGGGAGAGAGAACCGUCUUGUUUUUGCUACGCCAUUUGAUUCCUCCCCAUGCCGACAAUGAAGCGGCUGCCGCCUACCUUCAUUCUUCCUUGGGAACCAGUGGCGGAGUGGAAUGGUGCGUGGUACGCCCUACGGAUUUAAUCAAUGGUCCUCCCACGGGCGACUAUACCCUCUACGACAAACCACCUGGAGGUCUUUUUGGAGCUGGCGUCGCACUGCGAUCCAAUGUCGCCCACGCCAUGGUCGCAUUGAUCACCAAUCCUGAAAAGUGGGCGCAAUACAAAUUCCAAAUGCCGUCUUUAUACGACAAUACCAAGAAAGCGGAAGAAACCAAGUAA